CCAGCUUCCAAGGUCGUAUCAUCAACACCUUGAUAGCUCCAGCGGAGAAACACAGCAUGCCCCGAGGAAGUCCUCCAUCGUUGGCCACCCCCUGCCAGCACCUGCAUCUCCAGACUCCUCCUCAGUGGCACCUGCUGUCCACUCUUUCUGUUUCUCGUCCACUGGCACUUGACAAAAGAAAGAAGUUAUAUCCGUGUUCGAUGCCCAAAACAUGGAAGCUUUCCAAGUGGGGUUGGCCAUGCUUACCAUGCUGUGUUUCCAUCCCCCACUGUGUCGAUCAUUGGUUGAACAUGAGGGGCAAGAACAUGAUAGUAUCUCUUUCUUAUCGUGGGUUGAAGUCUCUAGGACAGCUUAAAUAAAACUUCUCUGCCAAGGGCUUCAAGAGACUGUUCCUCUCCUCUUCUUGUCCAAGCCUUUCACUGGGGGUCUCAUCCAUCGCAUAGGUCAUUACAUCUCGGAAGUUCGGGAUAAUAUUACCCGUCGGUCACCAUGCACACCAAGGCUCUACUUCUCGCCUCCAUCCCCGCGGCUACGGCUGCCGAGACCAUCCUCGGUGCCUACAUCUUCAGCCGUCACGGUGACCGCACCACCAAGGCCUACUCUCCAACGAAGCUUACUGCUCUCGGUGCUGAGCAAGUCUACCUCUCCGGCUCUUGGUACCGCUCCCGCUACAUCGACGAGAAGUCCUCCACCCGCAUCAACGGCAUCUCGUCCGACCUCGCCGAUCUCACUGAGCUUGCCGUCACUGCGCCCGCCGACAAUGUUCUCCAGGGUAGUGCUGGCUUUUUCCUCCAGGGCUUGUACCCUCCUGCUGGCUCUGUCAACUCUCAGAAGCUCGCCAAUGGCACCACGAUCGAAGCUCCUCUGAGCGGGUACCAGUAUAUUCCCGUCAACUCUGCGACAGUGACGAGCCGCGGCAGCAAUCAGGCCGAGUCUAGUGCCUGGCUGCAGGGAAACAGCGGGUGUCCAGCUGCCGUGAACAGCAGCCAGGCGUAUUACCAGAGCAAGGAGUACUUCGAGCUUCUGGGGAGUACCAAGGAGUUCUACCAGAGCCUGUUGCCUGUUUAUGAGUCAACCUUCCCCAGCGAAAGUGCCACCUUCAAGAACGCUUAUAGCAUCUUCGACUACAUCCACGUCUCCACCAUCCACAACACCUCCAUCCCUUCCUCCAACCUUCUCACCCCUUCUAACCUCCAAACCCUCUCCGACCUUGCCAACAUCCACGAGUUCGGUCUCGGCUACAACGCCUCCUCGCCCAUCCGCGCCGUCGCCGGCUCCGUCCUGGCCUCGCACAUUGUCUCCACCCUCAACUCCUCCAUCUCUUCUUCUUCUUCUCAAAAGCUCAACAUCCAAUUCGGCCCCUACGGCACUUUCGGCUCCUUCUUCGGCCUCUCUCAGCUCCCUGCCGUGUCGUCGGACUUUACCGCCAUUGUCGAUUAUGCCAGCUCCAUGACUUUUGAGCUGUUUACUACUUCGUCUUCCUCUUCUCCUUCGGAGAACGAGGUCUUUGUCCGUUUCUUGUUCGCCAAUGGUACUGCCUCGGACAGCAACCCCGCCAAGGUAUACCCCUUGUUCGGCCAGGACAAGACGGAGUUGCCGUGGACGACUUUUGUGAGCGAGAUGAACAAGAUUGCGCUCGAGGGAGGCAGCAAGGAAUGGUGCAAUGCUUGUGGAGAGAAGACGGGACAGUGCGCUGAUUACUACCCUGCCGAGUCCGCUGGUGUUGCUGCUGCUGCUAAGAGUGGCAAUGGAAUGAGCAAUGCUGUUGCUGGUGUUAUUGGUGCUAUGGUUACCCUGGGUGUGGUGCUUGGUCUGCAGGCUCUGAUCUUGGGCGUAGGUGGCCUGAGGUUGACCAAGAGGAGAAAGCAGGAUCCCAGUGAAGUUUUCCAGGUUCCGGCUGGCAAGACUAGCUUUUCGGAUACUUCGUCUACUCAGAAGGCUUAAAUUGGAGGGGACGAUGGGGGGUUAGUUGUCGAAGUUGAUGCUGAUAUGAUGACAUGAUAUGUUAUGAGAAAAUAGCAAGCAAAAGGGGGGAGUUCAGCGAGUGCACAGCAGCUACCCGCUUGAGAUGAAAUCAAAUGAAGAUUUUUGAAUGAUGUUGAUGGCCGUAAGGGACGAAGUGAUUGUGUAUUUCAUUCCUGCGAGUGUCUCAUACCCAGAGAAUCCUUCGUGUACACUUCUCCACAUCUUCUCUUCCAUCACUGUGUACAACACAAAAAACGAGGGU